UGAGUCCGAGCGGCGGUGCCGGGGAGGCCUGGUUUCACUCUGGACGCGGUGCAGCGGAACGGAAUGGCUAACGGAGGCCCGGCUCCCUCGGAGACAUGGAGGCCACACAGGGUACCCAGGCUGUGGGCACCAGCCUCACGGAGAGGGAAGCUACAGUGCCUGAGCCUGAGCCCGCGGGACAGCCCGAACCCCCGAGCACCCCCGGCACAGAUACCAGUCCACCCUCGCCACCGCCCGCCAUGUCCCCAGGAGGCUCCGAGGAGAUGGAGGGUGAGGAGCCUGAACCAAGGCCUGCGAAGGAGGCGGCAGAGGACAACGAGGAGGAGGAGCCAGGUAGCUGCUGGAGUGGCCCAGACGAGCUGGAGCUGGUGCUGCAGGAGGGACAGAAGCGUGUGCGGGCCCGGCUCAGCCUCUCCGAGGGCACAUCCUGGGGCCCGUUCCCCGGGACCAUCCAGACCACAGCCUGUCCCCCUGGGCAGGAAGAACCGAGCCCGGCCCUGACCCUGCAGCUGGUGGACGAGGCUUGCUGGCUGUGGGCGCUGCCCCGGGCACCGACGGCUGCCGAAGCCAACCUGGAGAUCUGCAGGAAAGAUGAGGCCCUCUGGUGCAGGGUCACCAAGCCAGUGCCAGCCGGCGGACUCCUGUGUGUGCUGCUCACAGCCGAGCCCCACGGUGCCGCCAGCCACCCUGUGAAGGAGGAACCAGCGGAGGCCCCGUGCCUGGCCCCCAUGGCCACCGCGGACAUCCACCUGCUGCCCCAGCAGGCCGGCAUGGCCUCCGUCCUGGCCACGGCCAUCAUCAACAGGGACGUCUUCCCGUGCAAGGACUGUGGCAUCUGGUACCGGAGCGAGCGCAACCUGCAGGCUCACCUCCCCUCCCCCCCCGCCCCCCCCCCCGGCCCCCCCCCCCCCCCCGCCACGGCCACCGACGAGAAGCCCAAGGAGGCCUACCCGCACGAGCGCGUCUGCCCGUUCCCCCAGUGCCGCAAGAGCUGCCCCAGCGCCAGCUCACUGGAGAUCCACAUGCGCAGCCACAGCGGAGAGCGGCCCUUCGUGUGCCUAAUCUGCCUGUCGGCCUUCACCACCAAGGCCAACUGUGAGCGGCACCUGAAGGUGCACACAGACACGCUCAGCGGUGUGUGCCACAGCUGUGGCUUCAUCUCAACCACGAGGGACAUCCUCUACAGCCACCUGGUGACCAGCCACAUGGUCUGCCAGCCGGGCUCCAAGGGCGAGGUCUACACCAGCAGUACCGCGCACCCCGCUGCCAAGCUCCCCCCAGACAGUCUGGCCGGCUUCCAGCAGCACACGGCCCUCCACGGCCCCAGGGCCCCCACAGACCUGAGCCAGGUGCCUGUCCUGUCACCAGGAGUGGACAGGAAGACCCCAGCUGAGGCCACCAAUGGAGAGGCCAAGGCAGGCCCCCAGAACGGCGGCAGCAGCGAGCCCGUGGCAGUCCCCAAGAGCGUCAAGGUGGAAGCUACGGAGGAGCCAGAGGCCUGCCGAGCCCCAGGCCCCGCAGAGACGGGGCCCCAGGCACCGUCCCGGACACCGUCACCGCGCAGUCCUGCUCCAGCCAAGGUGAAGGCCGAGCUGUCCACUCCGACUUCAGGUUCCAGUCCUGUGCCCGCCGAGCUGGGCCUGGCGGGUACCCUCUUUCUGCCGCAGUACGUGUUCGGGGCGGAUGGAGGCACGGCUCCUCCGGCCUCGGAGAUCCUGGCCAAAAUGUCGGAGCUGGUGCACAGCCGGCUCCAGCAGGGCACAGGCGCACCGGGGACGCCCAAGGGCGCCACGUGCUUCGAGUGCGAGAUCACGUUCAACAACGUCAACAACUACUACGUGCACAAGCGCCUCUACUGCUCUGGCCGCCGCCUGCCGGAGUACGCACCCGCCGCGCGCAGG